AUGAGUAAGGUAUCAUUUAGGGCUCGGGCGCUGGACGCCACGAAGCCCAUGCCAGUCUACAAGGCUUUUGAGAUUCCAGACAUCAAGGAUUUUGCACAGAUAAACCGAUCUGUUCCGCAAAUGCCGACAGGAAUGGAGAAAGAGGAAGAAACGGAACAUCACCUCCAGCGAGCCUUGUCGGCACAGCAGGUCUAUGGAUCUUCAGAGGCGCUGGUUAUCCCUAUCCCAGAAGUGCAGGACAUUUCGGAUCGGUAUUUCUGCCUGUAUCCAGACACCUACAAGCCAUCCAAACAGUACAUUCAUAUACAAGCUUUCAGUAUGGAUCAAGAGAUCCCAGACUAUGACAUGGACAGUGACGAUGACACCUGGUUGAACGAACACAGCAAGAAGAUGGAAAUCACACCCAGCAAGUUUGAGGAGAUGAUGGACCGUCUAGAAAAAGGCAGUGGCCAGCAGGUUGUGACUCUUCAUGAAGCCAAACUGUUAUUGAAAGAGGAUGAUGAUCUGAUUAUAGCGGUGUAUGAUUACUGGUUGAACAAACGGCUGAAGAUGCAAAGACCAUUGAUUGCAACAGUGAAGAGUGAGAAGAGAGAUGGGACCACUUCUAACAACCCAUAUGUUGCAUUCCGACGGAGGACCGAAAAAAUGCAAACCAGAAAGAAUCGCAAAAAUGAUGAAGUCUCUUACGAAAAAAUGCUCAAAUUACGGCGAGACCUGCAAAAAACCCUCACACUUCUAGAACUGCUGAAGAGAAGAGAAAAAAGUAAGAAAGAACUCCUGCAGCUGACAAUUGAAAUUUUAGAAAAACGAAACGAAAUGGACGAUUUCACAGGCAGCGCCCUCGCAGAGGCAGAGGAAGAGCGAGAAAAACACCCGACGUUUGUCGCCCCGUUUGCCCUCAACAGUCGCGGGGAGUGGGUUCAGACCUCCAAGGGGGAGGAGAUCACUCCAGUGCGAAAGAAGAGGCAAUAUCGCAAAAGGAAGCAGUCACAGCAGAACCAGAUCUUACCUCAUGCCAUCUUGCAGCACUUACAGCAGCAGCAGCACCACCACCACCACCAUUCGGUGGAUGACGUGGACAUUGUUGAUAGUUCUGAUGAAGAUAUUUUAUCCCCUGCUUUGUCACAGUCGGAACAUGAAGAUGAGAAUGAUCCAGAUGGCAUGUUUGCUUUCAAGAGGAGGAGGAACUGCCAUUAUCAUCAACCCAUGCAAUCUGGCGUAGGAAACUGGCCAUGGUAUGGGUCAAAAGAUGGUGGAAAGGCUGACCGGAGGUUCCGUUUCUCACUCACAUCUUUACCAACAGGUUGUUUGGGCUAUGCACGUAGGAGAGUGGGCAGAGGAGGGAGGGUGAUCUUUGACAGAGCAAGCACACCUUGGGAUGACGUGUUAGAGCGACUUGACUUUGGCUCGAGUUACCACCAAUCCAGUAUUUACUCAGACUACAUCAUCUAUGUCAGGGAUAACAAAAUACAUCAUUAUCGACCAAAGUCGCCCCCUCCGAAAGAUUCUUCCCCGGCUGCUGGUUCCAGUAAUGGGACUAGAGGAGGGACUGGUGAAGGGGGCAGCUGUGGCCGGCACUUGUCCGAGUUUGACAUGGAAAGUUUCCACAGCCACCAGGAACAGCUCCUGGAGAUGCAGCGGGAGCAGCAGCAGAGACUCUUCACAGAAGAUGAUCAUGACACUGCUGUGGUGCUAAAUCUGGAGCCCAUGCUCCGUCAGGGCGACCCCAGCUCACGUUUUACAUUAGACUCGGCCAGUGCGGAAUUUGCCGUUCGGGCAUUAGUGGAGUCUCCGGAUUUAGGCUCUUUAUCGUCACUGGAAGGGAGCACCACUGGGAACCUGAACACCACCACCACAGUAUCCUCCAUAGGCAGCAGAGUGGGUUUACAGCAGUUGAGUUUUUCAUUAGUGAACAAAGCAGUUGACUCUACCAGCACAAGCGGAGCAAAUGGUAAAACUAUUGCCAGCUCAGUGUCGUCCCUGAAAAAUUCCCAAACUGACAGUUCUUUGAUGACAAAACUGCCCGUCAUCACCAACUCAGUGAUGCCAACAUCCUUGUCGUCCGUCUCACUGCUUCAUAAAUCACCGGUGGUGCCCUCAUUGCCACAGAUAACAUUGUCGCAGUCUGCAGUGUCAUUAGCGUCACUGUUGCCAUCUUCAGUGUCACUUUCAUCCACUGCCACCAUCCUGCUGUCAAAAACAAAUGGUCCUUUAACAUCAUCCACACAUGUCAAACCCAGUGGGCUUUCAACAUCUCCUGCAGCGAGUGUCCUUCAGCUCAACUUUCCUGCAAGUUCAUCCUCGUUGCUCGCCACACUCCAGUCAUCAGCAUUGUCGUCAUCUUCGUCUAGUCCAGCGUUCAUCACUGUCUCAUCAUCUUCGCCAUCUCCUGCUGCCGUGACGCCAACAGCUACCUCUGCCACAUCAGCGACAGCGGCGGCUCUACAGUUGCAGCGGUCGCUGAACAACAAAGUUAAUCCCGUUAAUUCACCAGCCAGUUUGUACAAGUUGCCAGUUUCUGCAACACCCAGCUCAAACUUUGAUAUUCUCAGGCCAAACCAUGAUGAGAUUAUGUUCAACAAAGACACAGGAAUCCCCAUGGAUGUGACAUGA